ACGCAGACAGCAAAAGAGGCACGGAAACGGUGAUUUUUCCUUGAUUCGGCGAAGAAGACGAUUUCCAUUUGUUUUCCGAUUAGAUGGCGACUUCAAGUUCUACUGGACAUUUAUUGUAUGGACCCGAAGACCCGUCCGUCUUAAAUAUGCAAAAAAAUCACAUUUUAAAUAAACUGAUGAAAGAGGGAACAACCCAAGUAUUUAAAGUCCGAAGGACUGAAAGUAAGACUUGGGACGGCGAAAUUCACGAGAAUGUAAGAUAUUGGCUUGACGUCUUUGGUUUCAAAGGCGUGAUCGAUUGUGGGAAGCCAAUGAAGGUCGACAAUGAGCUGAUCACGGCGUUGAUUGAGCGUUGGAGGCCGGAGACACACACAUUCCAUCUACCGAUCGGUGAGACGACGAUCACCUUGGAAGAUGUGCAAGCCAUCUGGGGCUUGAGAGCGGAUGGUCUCGUUUUCACGGGUCGUGACUAUCAUGACAACUUUCCAGAUUGGACCAGCAAGUGCCGCGAUCUGUUGGGAUGGAUACCAGAUUCUUCCACAGAGACAAAGCAAGGCGGUUUGCUGAUGACCGCGCUGAUCAACCAGACAAGGAUGCCUCUGGGUGAUGACCUACCUACUUACGUAUACAUCCAAAGAGCACGUAUCCAUGCCCUAAUUUUAUUAGGAGGUCUCAUUCUAUCGGACACCACGGGGUGUAAGGUGCCAUUUAUGUGGUUGAAUGGGCUUGGGGAUCCGGAAGAGGUGAAGAAUAUAAGUUGGGGAAGCGCGACAUUGGCCUACCUUUAUCAUUAUCUGUGCGAGGCUUCCAUGGAUAAGAGAAAAGAGUUGGGCGGGCCUAUGAUCCUCCUGCAGCUAUGGGCGUGGGAAAGAAUGCCCACAUUGAGGCCUGCGUUCAUAGGACCAAAGGUGCACGAGCCAUAUACACCAUGUGGCGCCAGUUUAUCUGGACGUCGUACGCACCUUGCACACUGCCUGACUACUGCAAUGAUGUGA